UUUUCAAUUUCGUUGUUCUGUAUGGGACAAUGACAAUAUAGAUUAUUGUAUUGUAUUGAGACUCAUCUGGAAAGUGCCAUAUCAUGUUCCUUUCCCCACUUGCCUGGAGUCUGAGAUCCAUUGGGAGUUCCUCCUUCCGCACCCAAAGUUCCCCCAAAGCCUUGGGGAAGGAAACUGAGGCAGGCUCUGCUUGCUCCCCAGGGCCCUGCAGGGGAUUCAGGGUGCGGGCCCUGUCUCUUCUUCUGGCCAUGGCACCCGCAGGAAGCCUUGGAAGAAAGGCAGGAGACCCUCAGCAGAGAACAGCCAAGUCCGGUUCUUCUCCGCAAUGGCUUCCUCUUCUGAGAGCUCCCUCUCUUUCUUGUCUGGGCUGGACUGGGAGGACCCCAGUUCAGCUAGUUCCCUAGAGUCCCCCCACUGCCUCCUGAGACCCGCAGGGAUCAGGAGUGGGAGUGACUUUUCCUGUUCAACUACUGCCCGAGGGGGAGGAACAGAUGUCUUGGCCCAUUUGGGGGGCAAGUGAGGGCCAUCCAGAAAGGGCUCCUGGGACCCCGAGGGGCCAGAAGGGGAGUCUCCAGCCUCGUCUAGGGAAGAGCCCCCUUUCCCCUAGGCCUGCAGGUGGAGCCCUUCUCCUAGCGCUGACUCUUGGGGUGACCAAGGAUGCUGCUCCAGGGGUCAAACUCCCCUGAGGGAACCCUCCACCUUUGAGGGGAUAAAGCCCUUAUUACUACUGAAGGAUGGUGAAGACAGGUGACCCCACCUAGGCCCGAAGUCACCCCCCCCCCCCGAAAGCAGGCUCAAAGCUUCUCAAAAUCAUUUUCUCAGCUAAAAGGCAUUAGCUAAGCAUCUGCUCAUUUGCUCUGCUGUUGCAAGGCAAAACCGUUACUUUUACCAGCACGAGAAGGCUUCAAAAGGCUAAUGAAUAGGCUCUGUCAUUGCCAAGAAUACUCAGGCCUGAGAAACAGAAUCUUAUCUCUGUCGGUUGCAACAUCUUGGACAUGCUGAACCACCAGGGCUCCUCAACCCACCCCCUUGGCUUCUCACCCCCCCUUUCCUGGGAAGGGCGCCAAAUGUCCACAAUAGUCCCAAGACAGCUUUCUGUUCAUGCUCAGAGGAACUCAUGGGGCAGGACUCCUGAGGGAGGAGAAAAGGGGAGGGAACUGGAAGUGGUAUAUAAACUCUGUGCACAUGACUGUGAACCCGUGCAUGCUUUUUGUGAGUUAUCACACUUGCUCCUUCUACCAGUUCAUGGAUGGUAGAAAUAAAGCUUUUUCUCCGAAACUAUUCCUUGAGUGUCUCUUGACUCCCACUUCCCUUUCCCGGGCGCAAUAUUUUCCCCACCCGAGGGCAAAGCCUCAUAAGGCUACACUACUACUACUACUACUGUUAUUCUCCUCCUCCUUGGGCCUCCGAAACAGAGAGGGGCUUUCCCUCCUGGCCCCCUUUGCAGAACCUGGCGGAUCCCCCAAGGCCGCUUGCCUGGCGUCUCCCAACGGAGAGGCCUCCUCCGUGGGUCAACAUGGCGAGGAGAGAGGCUGCCCUGCGGAGGCCAAGCCAUCAUGGCAGGAAGGCGGCUGAGGACCAAAGGUGCCGCCCUCCUUCAUUCGGGAGGAGAGACCCCAAGAGCAUGGUACCCCCGAGGCCCACAGGGGAGCCAUGGGAGCGGCUCGGGCCUCUGGAAGAAACAAAAUGGCGUUCCCGCCUAUUUUGGAAAAGGGCGGGAAAUGCCUUCUCCUGGCCCUGCCGCCUCCCUGGGCUCCUAAACGGCCUGCCUGGGCCUGGGGGGGGGGGGGAAUCCAGCUGCCCCCAAACAAUGAGGGUAAAGAGGAACAGGAAGAGAAGGAAGGAGAAAUGAAGGAUAAGCUGGGAGGGGGAGCAGCCAUGAGGGAAACUCAGGGGGAAAACUCCCUCAGGAAACCGGGCGAAGGAGAGGAGGAGGCCCAGGGGAAUCUGAAAGGGGAUUGGCCAGCUGUCCACUGGAGAGGCUUCUGAUUGGUCCAGCCCUGCUCUGGGGUGGGAAAUGGGGUCUCCUGCCUCCAUGUGGUUCUGGGAGCCCCGUAGAAACUGGUUUUCUGGCAGGACACGCAGGGAAAGGAUGGCAGGGGUCCCUCUUGCUUUGUACUGGAGUCUGGUACCCUCUCUCCACCAUCCUGGUCUUCCCCUUUCCCCCCCAAUCAUUAUUAUUGAUUUGCCCCCCUGAGCAACCCGCGCCCCCCCCCUCCUGGGCUUCCACACCUGCCCCCCCCCCCCCCAGGAUCGCAGGUGCGUUUCAUUCCUCGCCUGGGACACUUCCUCCUCCGUCUCUUUUCCUGGGAUGAAAAGCGGCUGCAGAAGCAGAAAAAUCCACUUGAGGGCGGGGAAUUAUUUUCGGGAGGGGAGGGGUCUCCCGGCUGGGAAGCCCCCCCUCCAUCUCCCCCCCCCCCGCUGAGCUGGAGGGUGUUUUUUGGAGGGGUGUCUUGAGGGAGCCAUUUCUGAGCCCAAGGCACCUCCCGCCACUAGGCAGCCCUUCGCCUCUUCUCCCUCCCAGCCUUUCCUUGGGAUCCAGGAGCCUCUAUGUUGGGGGAGAGCCAAGGUAACCCCCCAUGGACCCCCCCCCCCGUCUCCCUUGCAGUUAGUCAGCUUGGAUGUGGGCUCCUUGGGGCAGAGUCCUUGACCCAGAGGGAGAAAGAGGGAGGGAAGGGGGGCAGCCCCUAGAGCGCAGGCGCAGAAGCAGGAAAACUGAAGGCAGGGAGAGGGAGCGGCGCGCUAGGCUUUGUAAGGGUUAAAUGGAGCAGAGCUGGAUUCCUAGAGAGGACGGGAAGUGAAGGGGGAGGGGGCAAGGUCCUCCAGAGCAGAAGCCCCUCCCUCCCCGCUUUCUUCCCUCUCCUUUGCAAAAGCUUCCUUGGUGCUUCUCCUGGAAUCCGGUGAGUCUCCUCUCUCUUGCCCCUGAGGGUGCAAUGGGGAGAAGGGGGUCCCAGGGGUGCAGGAAGGGGGCAUGGGCGUCCCUGUUCAGAUCAUGCAUGGUGGGGAGAGACCCCCAAGUCAUGGAGCAGAGGGUCCUCCCUUGUCCUCUGCCAAGCCAGGGAGGGGCCACUUCGCAGGAGGUCUGCUGCCCUGUUCUUCCUUGGGAUCCAGAUACUGCCUUCCUUUUGGGGGAGGGGACUUUGGGUCAAGAAAAUAAACCCCCUUCAGAUGGAGGGAAAAGUCACAUUUGUGAACAAAGGCUGCAGCCAGACAGGAACAUUUGCACAUGGGGGGAGCACAGGGAGCAGAAAAGCCCUUCUGCAUCUGCAGCAGCACAACCGGACCGCUUCCUCUGACCCAGAUGCAACAACACAUGUCUCUCCCCCAGAUCUCACUCCCAAAGACACACUCUUCCAUGGUCUCCUAAGACAGAUGGAUGCCAACCAACCAACAUUCCCUCCCCUUCCCCUCCUGGUGCCCCUUGUAGUUGGCUUGAGGGCAUUGGGAGGGUCCACCCCACCAGAUGAAGAGAGAGGAGGUCUUUCCAUCUGGAAAAUGGGAAUGCUUGCAAAGAUUUACUUAAAAAUAAUUGCCAUAUAGAUAAUAAAAUUAUUAUUUUAUGGAAUUGCCCCACUUACACAAAGAUUAAUACCCAUCAUUUAAAUACACAAGAAAAUUGUUACAGAAAAGAACAGAGCAAUGUGUAGACGAUCAUCUUUAUGCUCCCUUUUUCUCUUAGGGUCCAGUGUGCUUUGAAGACGUAGCUGUUCCUUUCACAGAGGAGGACUGGGCUUUGCUGGAUCCUGACCAGAGAGCUCUGCAGAAGGAAGUCAAGGAGGAGAAUCGUGGGAUCGUGGCCUCUCUGGUAAGGCUCCCUGCUGGAUCAUAAGAUCAGUUUUGAAAUUCCAUACAGAUCUCUGAAGGACAAACCUCCUCUAUUUUGAGGGAGCCCAAUAGCGCCACCUACAGCAUCUGAGAUGUUAACACACCCACAACUCUCCUGGAAUGGAAAACUCUCAAUAGGAGAUGUAUCUCCUGUUCUGUCUGGGAAUAUUUUUCCACCAGUCCUGCCUUUUCAAACCAUGAUGAGGCUGGUCUGAGCUGCCCAGGCCUUCUUCAAUGUAGGCUUCAGAGAUCUUAGGGACGUGGAGGUACAUCCUGUCAAUUUUCUCUUUCCCUUUCUGCAUCUCUCUGUUUUUGGUUGAGCAAAGAAAUGACUGAGCUUGGAGCUGGAGCGGAUUCCAUGACUGAGCCAAAUUAAAUCCAUCCCUGGAAAGAGCCAGGCUUUUUGAAUCUCGGGUUCCCAUAAAUAAGUUCGCUAAUACCAGCCAAAAAAGGCAGUAACUCCCUUCCCUUCUUCCUCUGUCACAAGUAUUUAUUUGCAUUGUUCAGUCAUUUCAGGCUCAAUUUCUUCCUCAGGCUAGGAUUAUUAUUAUUAAUGAUAAUACUGCCAUAUAACAGCAGAUUGUAGGUGGUGAAUUGGAAAGGAAGAAGAAAGGAGACAACAAGAUAAUCCACACAAUGGAGAACCCAUAGAAAUAUUCAGAGUGUGGCGAGAACUUUAGUUAGAGCUCCCAGUACACUUCCCAUCAAGGAAGGCUCUUCAUUCAGAAGGAGAGCCUCACUUCACAAGAAAGAACUAACGGGGGGAAGAAAUUAGUGCUUGAAAUGUGGAAAGCUUCCUUCGCAGCUCCACCCACAAUUCCCAUGAGAUACUCAUACAGGGGGGUGUUUGGAAAAGCUUCAUACAGGUCAGAAACCAUAUCAGUGCUUGGAAUGUAGAAAGAGCUUCAUUCUGUUGGUGGAUCUAGUUUUCCAUGAAAUAUUUCCUGCAGGGGACUGUUUAGAAUGUGGAAAAAGCUUCACCUAGGAAACCAGUCUCAAUUGCCAUUAAAUAAAACACAGCAGGGAUAAUCAUAGAAUUUUAGAAAAUGGUAUAAGGCAUAUGGUAUAACUGGUUUUAGGAAACUUCAUGAAGAAUUAAGGGGAAAGAUAGCGUUGACCUGGAGUAGUUACAAAAUUUAUGGUCUCUCCCCGAGUGCCAGGGACCCUCCUCCAAAAAGAGCUUUUUUUUGUUGGAAUUAUUUCUUUUUUUCCAAUUUUUGGCAAUUAAUUGGCAAUUAAUGUUCUCACUGCCACUGUGGUGUAAAGAAAUACUUCCUUAUGUUCUUUUGGUAUAUCUGCAUCCAAUAUUCCCAAUAAAAAGGCUUCUGUUUUGGGGGCAAAAUUUUGUUCAAAUGUUUUCUUUAGUUCUUCAUACACCGUAUCCCAAAAGCCCUUGAUUUUAUCACAUAGCCACCACAUAUGCAGAAGUGUCCUCUCUAGUUGGUUACACCUCCAACAUAAUUUUGAUUUUCUUUUAUACAUUUUACAUAUCUUGGUUGGUGUUAAAUACCAUCUAUAAAACAUCUUUAUCAAAUUUUCUAUUAUUGCCUCACAAGCCGUAAAAUUCCAACUCUCCUUCCAUAAUUUUCCCCAUGAUGUUAAUUGAAUAGGUUUACCUAAAUCCAUAUCCAAUUUGAUCAUUACCGCCUUUACCUGUUCAUUCACAUCCUCCCACUCCAAUAAGGUUCCAUACAUUUUAGAAACUACUUUUGUUUUGUUUUGUAAUAAUUCUUUAUCCAAUACUGAAAUUGCAAAACCCUUUUUCUUGUCAGCUUUGAAGACCUCAUUUAUUUGGUGAUACUGGACCCACCCUGUUAGGUGGUGUUUAUUUCCCCCCUCAGUUUGGUCAGAUUCAUGCUGGUAGCUUCGAGAACACUGUCCCACCAUCUAGUCCUCUGUCGUCCCCUUCUCCUUGUGCCCUCAAUCUUUCCCCAACAUCAGGGUCUUUUCCAGGAGUCUUCUCUUCUCCUGAGGUGGCCAAAGUCUUGGAGCCUCAGCUUCAGGAUCUGUCCUUCCAGUGAGCACUCAGGGCUGAUUUCCUUAAGAAUGGAGAGGUUUGAUCUUCUUGCAGUCCAUGGGACUCUCAAGAGUCUCCUCCAGCACCAGAAUUCAAAAGCAUCAAUUCUUCGGCGAUCAGCCUUCUUUAUGGUCCAGCUCUCACUUCCAUGCAUCACUACUGGGAAAACCAUAGCUUUAACUAUACGGACCUUUGUUGGCAAGGUGAUGUCUCUGCUUUUUAAGAUGCUGUCUAGGUUUGUCAUUGCUUUUCUCCCAAGGAGCAGGCGUCUUCUAAUUUCGUGACUGCUGUCACCAUCUGCAGUGAUCAGGGAGCCCAAGAAAGUACAUUGUCUCACUGCCUCCAUUUCUUCCCCUUCUAUUUGCCAGGAGGUGAUGGGCCCAGUGGCCAUGAUCUUCGUUUUUUUGAUGUUGAGCUUCAGACCAUAUUUUCACCAUCUUUCACCCUCAUUAAAAGGUUCUUUAAUUCCUCCUCACUUUCUGCCAUCAAGGUUGUGAUAUUUCUUCCGGCAAUCUUAAUUCCGGCUUGGGAUUCAUCCAGCCCAGCCUUUCGCAUGAUGAAUUCUGCAUAUAAGUUAAAUAAACAGGAGACAAUAUACAGCCUUGUCGUACUCCUUUCCUAAUUUUAAACUAAUCAAUACUUCCAUAUCCAGUUCUAACUGUAGCUUCUUGUCCCACAUAGAGAUUUCUCAGCGGACAGAUGAGAUGAUCAGGCACUCCCAUCUCUUUAAGAACUUGCCAUAGUUUGCUUGGUCGACACAAUCAAAUGCUUUUGCAAAGUCAAUGAAGCAGAAGUAGAUGUUUUUCUGGAACUCUCUAGCUUUCUCCAUAAUCCAGCGCAUGUUUGCAGUUUGGUCUCUGGUUCCUCUGCCCCUUCAAAAUCCGGCUUGCACUUCUGGGAGUUUUCAGUCCACAUACUGCUCAAGCCUGCCUUGUAGAAUUUUAAGCAUAACCUUGCUAGUGUGUGAAAUGAGCGCAAUUGUGCGGUAGUUGGAGCAUUCUUUGGCACUGCACUUCUUUGGGAUUGGGAUGUAGACUGAUUUUCUCCAAUCCUCUGGCCACUGCUGAGUUUUCCAAACUUGCUGGCAUAUUGAGUGUAGCACCUUAACAGCGUCAUCUUUUAAAAGUUUAAAUAGUUCAGCUGGAAUACCAUCACUUCCACUGGCCUUGUUAUUUGCAGUGCUUUCUAAGGCCCAUUUGACUUCAUUCUCCAGGAUGUCUGGCUCAAGGUCAGCAACCACACUACCUGGAGUGUACUGAGACAUCCAUUUCUUUCUGGUAUAAUUCCUCUGUGUAUUCUUGCCACCUCUUCUUGAUGUCUUCUGCUUCUGUUAGGUCCUUUCCACUUUUGUCCUUUAUUAUGGUACUCUUUGUACGAUCUUUCAUAUCUCCAAUUUUAUUGAACAGAUCUCUGUUUUUUCCCAUUCUAUUGUUUUCCUCUAUUUCUUUUCAUUGCUCGUUUAAGAAGCCCUUCUUGUCUCUCCUUGCUAUUCUUUUCAAAUCUGUAUUCAACUUCUUGUAGGUCUGCCUUGGAUUCAUAUCAAGAUCAUUCUAUCAUUUUGAGAUUGCAUCCCAGUACAGCUUUUGCCACUCUUUUCUUGACUAUGAGGGCCACUCCAUUUCUUUUACGGGAUUCUUGCCCACAGUAGUAGUUCUGAUGGUCAUCUGAACUGAUUUUGCCCAUCCUUGUCCAAUUUAGUUCACUGAUGCCCAGGAUGUCAAUAUUUAUUCUUGCCAUCUCAUUUUGACCACAUCCAGCUUACCUUUCAGCUUUGGCCCAGCCACUUCAUCAGCUCUGAAUCUACUUGGGUGUAAUCCUUGACGCCUCCCUUUCCAUGGAGGCGCAAGUUACAGCAACAGCCAAGGCGACAUUUUUCCACCUUCGCCGCAUCAAGCAGUUGGUCCCUUACCUUUCCUGCCCCGACCUGGCCACAGUGAUCCAUGCGAUGGUCACAUCCAGGCUUGACUACUGUAAUUCGCUCUACGCGGGUCUGCCUUUGAAGCUGUCCCAGAAACUCCAGCGGGUGCAGAAUGCUGCAGUGAGGCUCCUCACUGGGUCUAUGCCAUGGGAGCAUAUUCACCCUGUGCUUUUCAAGCUGCACUGGCUCCCGGUGGAGUACAGGGUCAGAUUUAAGGUGCUGCUUUUGACCUUUAAAGCCCUUCAAAACUUAGGACCCUCGUACCUAUGGGACCGCCUCUCCCGGUAUGCCCCACGGAGAGCCUCAAGGUCCAUAAAUAGCAACACCCUAGUGGUCCCGGGCCCUAAGGAAGUUAGAUUAGCUUCAACCAGAGCCAGGGCCUUUUCAACACUGGCUCCGACCUGGUGGCACGCUCUGCCUCAUGAGACCAGGGCCCUGCGGGAUCUGAUUCCUUUCCGCAGGGCCUGUAAGACAGAGUUGAUCCACCUGGCCUUUGGCUUAGAAUCAGUUUGAUUCCCUCCCCCUCUUUCUCUUUCCUUUCUCCUCCUAUGAAGAGACUGCAUCCUAAUGUUUUAAUGUUGUAUCUGAAUCUUUUAAAUUGUAUUUUAAUCAACUUUUUAUUAUUGGUUGUUAGCCUCCCUGAGCCCGGUCUUGGCUGGGGAGGGGGGUAUAAAUAAAAAUUUAUUACUAUUAUUAUUAUAUGUUAAUGUCACAGGAAGAUAUGGAUGGUUGACCUGGUCAGGUUGUCUCCUGUAUUGCUCCCCACAACUUCUGAGCGUUCCCUCCCAGGGACCUCCGAGAAAUCUGGUGAGUUCCAGGAGAGUGGAGAUGGGGACAUGGAUGGAUGGAGGGUGAAGAGGGAAAGCUCUCUGGCCAGAAAUGAGAUAAAGCAGGGAUUUUGCUGUGGGUGGGGCCCCCAACAUAUUGGGAGGCUUCCCCUCCAGCCAGAAAAUCCCUGCAGGGCCUCCGAGGCUGCCUUUGCUUCUUCCUCUCUCCCAGGACCCUGCAGCUUCUUUUGGCUCCUUGACUCCUCAGGAAGGAUGAAAGACACAGAUCCUUCAAAGCUAGUGAGGAUGGAAGGGGAAGAUGGACGGUUGACCUGGUCAGGUUGUCUCCUGCAUCCCUCCUCUCAACCACUGAGCGUUCCCUCCCAGGGACCUCCGAGAGAUCUGGUGAGUUCCAGGAGAGUGGCGAUGGGGACCUGGAUGGAUGGAGCCAGAGAGGUAUAGGGGCUUGCUCAGCUAGGGGGUGGGGAAGGCAGGCAGGCGGAUGGAGAUGGAGAAGGGAGCACCUUUUGGGCUCCCCACCUGCCUGCCUGCUCCUUUGUCAUCUGCAGGCAAUUUGAGCUAGGAAUAGGUCACAGCUCCCGGCCACCGUAGCUCAAAAGGUCUAAAACCAGUUCUGUGAUCUGAAUGCCCUGCCAACGUCAGACAACUCACUGAUCCCGCUUUGCAGUUUGAAUGCAGAUGGGGCCUCUGUGUGUUGUCUUUUUCCUUUUGGAAUAACUUUUUAUUUGCUUUUAAAAACAAGGAACAUAGGACUAAUAAAUGGUACAAAUAUGUAGACUAAGUCUUCGCAUGCCAUUUGCAUAUCAAAAAUAGCAGAAUAAUUUUGCAGGAUUAUCUUUAACAUACGGUUCAUCAUUAGUGGUCGGUGUAUUAGUUCUGGUUUCAUGAAUUGGUUUGAACUGAGUUAUAGUCACUUUUCCUCUUCUGUUGCUAAUGAAACAAUACAGAGUUGGUCUCCUCAUGGACAUGGGAGGGGGGUUCAAAGAGAAGAAAGCGAUUUACGUAUAAAUUUAAAUUUAGACCAACCAGAUUGAGGCAACAGCUGACGGGGAGUGUUCAGGUGAAGAUGUUGCUGUUUGUUUCACAGACAAGGUGUGGACGUUCCAUACAUACCAGUAUGUGAUGAACUUCAACUCUUUGGCUGGAGACCAACAGCAUCUGGGAUUCUAACAUCUCCCACCGUGAACCCAGAAUGGAGGGAUAUCAACUGUUUCCUCUGUGAAUGUUCUUCGUCUAGUCAUGCCUUUUAAAACAGUGACCAGGAUUCUCUGAACCACCCAGGCCUUCUUAAAUGCCGGCUUCAGAGUUUUUAGGGAAGUUGAUGUAAAUUCUGUCAGGCUUGUUGUUUUUGCUUCUGUUUGCAUUUGAUUGACCAAAGAGAUGACUGACCUUGGAGAUGGAGUGGAUUCCAGGAUUGAGCAAGAUCCAUUCCAGAUAAAAGCCAAGCAAUAUGUCAGUAAAUACCAACCAGCCAACAAAGGCAGUGAAAACUAUAGAAAGGCCCCACAUCUAACUAUUUUUAGUUCUUCCUCUAUCACAAGCAUUCAUUAACUUUGUUCAAUGAUCUGGAGCUCCAUUUCUUCUUGAGGCUCUAAUUCGCUUCUCUCUUCAUUGCAGAUGGUGAUGAACUGGAAGGGAAGAACAAGGGGGAGCACAACAGAAUCCACAUAGUGGAGAAGUCAUAUAAAUAUUCAGAGUGUGGAGAGAACAUCCGUCAGAGCUCCCAGUCCACCUCCCGUCAAAGAAAGAGCUUUGUUCAGACGGAUAGCCUUACUUCACACGAAAGAACACAGAGUAGGGAGAAACCCUAUCAGUGCUGGGAAUGUGGGAAGAGCUUUAAUCAAAGCGCACAUCUCACUUCCCAUCAUAGAAUUCAUACCGGGGAGAAACCCUAUCAGUGCUUGGAAUGUGGGAAGAGCUUUAAUCAAAGCGCACAUCUCACUUCCCACCAAAGAAUUCAUACAGGGGAGAAACCCUAUCACUGCUUGGCAUGUGGAAAGAGGUUCACUAAUAGCUCCCAUCUCACUUCCCAUCGCAGAAUUCAUACAGGGAGAAACCCUAUCAGUGCUUGGAAUGUGGAAUGAACUUCAGUCAAAGGGCCAAGCUCACUUUGCAUCACAGAAUUCAUACUGGGGAGAAACCCUAUCAGUGCUUGGAAUGUGGAAAGAGCUUUAGCCAAAGUGCACAUCUCACUUCCCAUCGCAGAAUUCAUACAGGGGAGAAACCCUAUCAUUGCCUGGAAUGUGGGAAGAGCUUUAUUCGCAGGCACAGUCUCACUUCCCAUCAAAGAAUUCAUACAGGAGAAAAACCCUAUCAGUGCUUCGAAUGCGGGAAGAGCUUCGGGGAGGGGUCCAAACUCACUUUGCAUCAAAGAACUCAUACAGGGGAGAAACCCUAUCAGUGCUUCGAAUGCGGGAAGAGAUUCAGGCGGAACGACACUCUCAUUUCCCAUCAAAGAGUUCAUAGAGGGCAGAAACCGUAUCACUGCUUGGAAUGUGGAAAGAGCUUCAGUCAGAAGGUGAAUCUCACUUUCCAUCAAAGAAUUCAUACAGGGGAGAAACCCUAUCACUGCUUGGAAUGUGGAAAGAGCUUCAGUCAGAAGGUGAAUCUCACUUCCCAUCAAAGAAUCCAUACAGGGGAGAAACCCUAUCAGUGCUUGCAGUGUGGAAAGAGCUUCAGUCAGAGUCAUAGUCUCACUUCGCAUCAAAGAAUACAUACAGGAGAGAAACCCUAUCAGUGCUUUGAAUGUGGAAAGAACUUCCGGAAGUGGACGCAGCUCACUUUGCAUCAAAAAACUCAUACAGGGGAGAAACCCUAUCACUGCUUGGAAUGUGGAAAGAGCUUCACUAAUAGAUCCCAUCUCACUUCCUGUCACAGAAUUCAUACAGGGGAGAAACCCUAUCACUGCUUGGAAUGUGGAAAGAGCUUCAGUCAGAGGGCCCAUCUCACUUUGCAUCACAAAAUUCAUACAGGGGAGAAACCCUAUCAGUGCUUGGAAUGUGGAAAGAGAUUCACUAAUAGCUCCCAUCUCACUUGCCAUCGCAGAAUUCAUACAGGGGGGAAACCAAAAAAGAGAAAUAAAAGAAAAAAUAUUAAACAACCCUUACAAAAUACAAUUGUAUAGAAAAGAGAAAGGGGGGGGAUAUAAACUAAAAAUACUGUUUAUGACAUUUGUAUCAUAUAUAUCAUAUCAUUCGUCAACACAUAGAAAGGCAGGCUCCCCCACUUCUCCCCUGCGUGACCCCCUCUUCUCCCCGUAUCCCACCCAGAGAGAUCCAUCCUUCCCUGCGUUCCUUGCAGGUCCCUCGGACCUCCAACUGUCCUCUUCGUAUGUGUGUCCUCCUAAAUUCAAAAUAAAGGAAUCUUAAUAUAAAAUAUUAAAAAUAUAAAAAAUACUAAAAAAUAGAUGAUGAUGAUCAUUUAUUGAUACCCUUCCCAUCUGGCUGGGUUUCCCUAGUCACUCUGGGCAGCUUCCAACAAAAUAUUAAAAUACAGUAAUCCAUCAAAUAUUAAAAGCUUCCCUAAACAAGGCUGCCUUCAGAUGUCUUCUUAAAGUCUGGUAGUUGUUUUUUCCUUUGCCAUCUACUGGGAGGGUGUUCCACAGGGCAGGCACCGAAAAGGAAACUCCCAUCUCCGUCUGAAAAUCAUCUGUACCAACGAUUAUUCAUAAUUUGCAAUCCAGAAUAAACCCAGCUGUAUUUCGUAUACAGUGGUGUAGUGCUUAAGAGCGAUAGAUUCGUAAUCUGGAGAACCGGGUUCGCGUCUCCGCUCCUCCACAUGCAGCUGCUGGGUGACCUUGGGCUAGUCACACUUCUCUGAAGUCUCUCAGCCCCACUCACCUCACAGAGUGUUGUGGGGAAGGAAAAGGAGAAAGUUAGCCGCUUUGAGACUUCUUUGGGUAGUGAAAAAGCGGGAUAUUAAAUCCAAACUCUUCUUAUCCUCUUCACCAAGAUGACACUUUCCCUUCAUUUCCCCCCCAGCCCAGCUUUCAAAUCUUAAUCAACUUAGACAGUGCAAUAUGACUCUUAUAAGGAUCGUGUAAUAAUCCAAAUUAGUAUUUCUCCGGUUUCUAGGUCCAGUUUCUAUAAAGCCUUUUAAAAACUGUUCCAACAAAUCUCAGCCAAGUCACAAUGGAAAAUUAUGGUCUCUUAUAAUGUUCUUCCAAUCCUGGUUCCUCUUCUUUCUUCUUUUCCUAAUCUUUGGACAUUUUAAUCCACUGGGGAUGGGGAAGAAGGCAUCUUAAUUCCUUUUCCUCAAACGAGAUCAUAGCUUGCCUUGUUCACCAUUUCAGGAGUUGCUUUGCAUCCUCUUUUAUUGGCUGUGCAUUUUUCUCUGCCACUCAUUCCCACACCAGCUCAGCCCAAAUUCGUCUUUCCCUGGGGCUCUUUCUGUCCCCUCCUGCUCUUCCCUCGCCUGCUCAACACAACCAUCUGCCUCUCCCAGCGACUCCUUUCCAAUGACUCCCAGCUUAUUACCCACACAUUCCCCUCCGUCUCUUUUUCUGUGUCUUCAGUCCCAAGGUGCUCCAUGUCUGCAUGGAGAGCAGAGCUGCAGAAGCUUCUUUGGAGUGGAUGCAUCUGGUUCUCCUUAAAUCACGCAGAGGCAAAGUUCAUUGGCAAAAGAAGAACUUUCGACUAAAGGUUUCUCAGCUUUUUCAAAGGAUCCUUAUUAAACUUUGGAAUGUCUGCAUGUGAUCCCAUCCCUACAGCUCACAAAAACACCAGAGAGAAGGUGGGCUGGAGCCUGAAAGGCGAAAGCAUUGGCCUCGAAUGCAGGCCUCAGGACCGCUUUCCCCCAUGGAGACCUGGGACCCCUUCUCCUUCUGAAGGGACCUCCGAGGUGGAAGCCAGGGUGGAUCAGUCCCUGGACCUUGGAGGCAAUUCCAAGUGCUACGUUCCGCACACUUCCCCUCAAUAAUGAGUGGCUGAAUAUUCAAUUUACAUUUCCUAAAGUCCACAAUAAUCUCUUUUGUUUUCUUUAAGCUAAGGAGUAAGUUGUUUUUCCUGCACCACUCCCCCAACUGCUCAACAUCCUUCCUAUAGGCCGCCUCCCCCUCUCCAGCCGUGAUUAAACCAACUACCGUUGUAUCAUGUUGUUUAGUCGUUUAGUCGUGUUCGCCUCUUUGUGACCCCCUGGACCAGAGCAUGCCAGGUCCUGUCUUCCACUGCCUCCCGCAGUUUUGUCAAACUCAUUCUGGUAGCUUUGAGAACACUAUCCAACAAUCUCCUCUGUCAUCCCCUUCUCCUUGUGCCCUCCAUCUUUCCCAACAUCAGGGUUUUUUUCCAGGGAGUCCUCUUCUCAUGAGGUGGCCAAAGUCUUGGAGCCUCAGCUUCAGGAUCUGUCCUUCCAGUGAGCACUCAGGGCUGAUUUCCUUCAGAAUGGAGAGGUUUGAUCUUCUUGCCGUCCAUGGGACUGCAAUUCUUUAUGGUCCAGCUCUCACUUCCAUACAUCACUACUGGGAACUAUACAGACCUUUGUUGGCAAGGUGAUGUCUCUUUUUAAGAUGCUGUCUAGGUUUGUCAUUGCUUUUCUCCCAAGAAACAGGCGUCUUUUAAUUUUGUGGCUGCUGUCACCAUCUGCAGUGAUCAUGGAGCCCGAGAAAGUCAAAUCUCUCACUGCCUCCAUUUCUUCCCUUUCUAUUUGCCAGGUGAUGGGACCAGUGGCCAUGUCUCAUAUGCAAACUUAAUGAUCUUAUUACUGGAGUUUUGGGGGGCACAGUCAGCUGUAUAGAGCGUAUAUAAAAGUGGUCUCAACAUGCACUCCUGUGGCAUCCCCAUAUUCAUGAUGAGAUCCGCAGAGACACGGGAACCCAUCUUUACCCAUUGGGGACGGUUUGAUAGAAAAUUUAAUAUCCACCUGCACAAACACGGUGGAAGUCCCAGGUCUAAUAGUUUGGGCACCAAUCUAUGUGGAAGAAUAGUAUUAAAUGCAGAACUGAAGUCUACAAAUAACAAUCUCAUGUAGUUCCCUUUCUUCUCCAAAUGAGUCAGGACAGGAUGUAAAGCCAUUGCCACAGCAUCCUCCGUAGAUCUCUUUGCCUUGUACGCAAACUGGUAAGGGUCAAGUCCUACUGGCAGAAAAGAUAUGAUAUGGUUCCUUACCCACUUUUGCUUUCCUGAUACCCCUCUUCCAGUUCGCUCUUUCUAUACCAUACGGUAGCCAGUCCCCAGUUCUAAAAGCAGAGUUUCUGGCCUUCAAGAAUCUCCUAACCUCUCCUGUCAUCCAGGGAUGUCACAUAGAGGAGGGAGAAAGGUUGUUUUCUGCUGCUCCAGAGAAGCGGACACGGAGCAAUGGAUCCAAACUACAAGAAAGAAGAUUCCACCUAAACAUUAGGAAGAACUUCCUGACAGUAAGAGCUGUUCGACAGUGGAAUUUGCUGCCAAGGAGUGUGGUGGAGUCUCCUUCUUUGGAGGUCUUUAAGCAGAGGCUUGACAACCAUAUGUCAGGAGUGCUCUGAUGGUGUUUCCUGCUUGGCAGGGGGUUGGACUCGAUGGCCCUUGUGGUCUCUUCCAACUCUGAUUCUAUGAUUCUAUGAUUCUAGGGCUUCCUAUUCGGAUACAACUUAACAUACCUUUCCCUGGUGCAUUUCCUGUGCCGAAUCUAAUAUAAUCCAGGACCGUUGAUGUAGAAGUUUCUAGAUCUUGAUGGUCGAACAUAUUCCAAUCGGUCUCCUGGAAACAGUCCUGCAACUGCUGAGAGGCUCCCUCAGGCCACAGAGUAACCAUCUGUGUUUGUAGCUGGCCUUGUUUCCUGAGGGGUGUGUACACUGGUGUCAGAAGCAGGGACACAUGAUCUGAACCACCGAGGUGACCUCAUAUUCCCGGCUGAUGUUCGUAUACACCUUGUCAAGAGUAUUUUCUCCCCUUAUUGCACACUUAAUGUGCUGAUGGGAUUUUGGGAAUACUGCCCUCACAUCUGUGUGAGUGAAGUCCCCCACAAUAAUCCGCGCUGCCUCAGGGUAUCUGCUCAAUUUAGCAUUGAUGUUUUCAUGCAUACUACUCAUGGCCCUGCAGGCAUUUGCAGUUGGUGCUAUAUAAAAAAGCUACAGAGAUAGUGCAGGAUAGUGCGCACCCCAGAAAUGAUCUUUUAAUUAUGGGGUAUCAGAGUUUUUAGGGGGCUGACCAGGUUGGGAUAGCAGGCUUGUUGGUUUUUGAAUGUCUGAUGUACAUUUUUUCAAUUUCGUUGUUCUGUAUGGGACAAUGACAAUAAAGAUUAUCGUAUUGUAUUGAGACUCAUCUGGAAAGUGCCAUAUCAUGUUCC